AUGAAGGCAUACAUGUACGAUGACUUACCAGGCGACCAGCGAUUGGCGCACGAUUCCGGUAAACCCGUCAAUGUCGAAGAAUUGCAGAGCCUAGGUGUACACUAUUUCUGCUUACCCGAUCUUGAAGACGUCAACAAGCUGGCACAGGACCGAGGAUAUAAAAACAGAGACGAAAUUUUCGUAUCUCCAGAAAAGAUGGGUGAUGUCUACGAAGAAAAGGUCAAGUCUUUUUUCCACGAACACCUUCACGAAGACGAGGAGAUCCGCUACAUUCGAGGAGGGCAAGGAUAUUUUGAUGUCAGAAGCAAGAGUGAUACCUGGGUACGCAUCAUGCUAGCCAAGGACGACCUCAUCAUCCUGCCUGCGGGAAUUUAUCACCGAUUCACGACCGAUGAGUCCAACUACGUUCACGCUAUGCGUCUGUUUAAAGAUGAGCCUAAAUGGACACCAUUGAACCGCGGCCCUGAGCUCGAUUCCAACGGCUUCCGACAGGGCUAUGUCGCGGAGUUUCUGUCUUCCUAG